GAGGAGGAGGAGGAGGGGGCGCUCACAAAGAUGUUGCGUGAUUUUUUUGGAAAUUUAUUUAUUUAAAUAAAAAAAAAUGGCCGCCGCAGAGAGCGGAGAGGAGAGACUAGGUGAUGGAAAGGGGGAGGAUCAGGAGGGUUCUAAAGAAGCAACUCAAAAACAGAAGAAAAGCAAAAAAGAGCAGGAACACGAUGUGGAGAGAGUCGAGCCUGCCGUCGCGGAGGGGGGUGACGGACAGCGGGUGGAGGCGGGCCAAUCCGAGCCUUCGGCCCCUGAAUCUGCUGCAGCCCUCGGCGCUCCUGAAGCUUCUUCCUCGGCCAAGCAGCGGCGGUCCAUCAUCCGAGACCGCGGGCCUUUGUACGACGACCCCUCACUGCCUCAGGGCUGGACGCGCAAACUCAAACAGCGCAAGUCGGGACGAUCCGCCGGCAAAUUCGACGUCUACCUGAUCAACCCAGAAGGGAAAGCCUUCCGUUCCAAAGUGGAGCUCAUGGCAUACUUCCAAAAGGUGGGCGACACCACCACAGACCCAAAUGACUUUGACUUUACGGUCACGGGCCGUGGGAGCCCAUCGCGCAGGGAGAAAAGACCGCCGAAGAAACCCAAAGUGGCCAAGCCGACCGGUCGAGGGAGGGGCCGGCCGAAGGGCAGUGGUAAAGUACGGCAGGCCACAGAGGGUGUAGCGGUGAAACGUGUGGUAGAAAAGAGUCCGGGCAAACUCCUUGUCAAGAUGCCAUUCGUGGCUCCGAAAGUGGAGGCGGGAUCACCCUCAGGGCAAGUCCCCAUUGUCAAACAGCGCCCAGGACGCAAGAGGAAAGCGGAGAAAGAGCAGCCAAGCAUGCCAAAGAAACGCGGCAGGAAGCCAGCCGCUGCUUCUCAGUCUGUGGCAGGAGGGACGGGCUCAAGUGCAGCUUACGCUGCUGCAGCUAUCGCGUCAUCGGAGGCCAAGAAGAAAGCGCAAAAGGAAAUGGCAGCCAAGCCUGUGCAAGAAAAGGCGCUUCCCAUCAAGAAGCGCAAGACACGGGAAACUAUGGAGGAGGCAGAAGGGUCCACAACGACCACACCCGAGGCACCGAGCAGCAUAGCAAAACGACCUGCAAGUCAAACGGCGCCCUCUUCUGGAACGGAGUCAGAAACAGGACAGAAGCUUCACAAGCACUCAAGCCGUAAGCAUAAGGAAGCAACGGAUUCAGGAAACGGCAGCAGCAGUGGACCAAAGGUCCACAAAAAGAGAGAUCAGCGUGAGCAACAACUGAAACACCUCCACCAUCACCAUCAUCACCACCAUCACCAACACCACCUGCCCCUGAUGGAGCCGUCCAUCUUCACCCCGCAGGCUCACCAGCUUUCCCUCGGCCACUCCAUGCACGGAGGACCCCCAGUGGAGAACGAGCCCCAGGACUUGAGCACUUCCAGGUCGAGACAGGAGCCGCUAGCCUGCAGGGAGGAAGCCCGGACCGACAGCCACGUGGUUAGAGACACUUCAGGCAAGAUGGCAGCAACAGAGUUGCGAACCCAACAGCAGCAGCAGCAGCAGCAGCAUGGCACUGUGACGGGGGAUGGAAAGGAACUGAGAGACAUUGUUCCUCCUUCUGCCGUUCCCAGGCCGAGUCGAGAAGAAACAGUCGAGUCCAGGACGCCUGUGAGCGAACGCGUGAGCUGAAGGAUGUGACUGACAUUCAGACUAACUGACCAAUCAGCAGCAAUGGCUGUGUUCUCACGCAGGAAUAGAGGCACUCACAGGGGGAGGAGUUUUUUUUUUUUUUUUUGUUUGUCUGUUUUUCUGUUAUUUUUAAAACAACAAUAAUGGAAAAAAUCUGUAAAUGUACUUACAAAAGGCAGCU